UCGGAACGUCACCGAACGAAGAACCUCGCUUGGCGGGAAGUGUGAAAAGAACAAACGAACCGGAAGUCAGUGAAUCACAAAAAUAAAAUAAAAAAUCUAGGUUCCGGAAGUUCAUUCUAGAGCAAAAGCAGAGUGACAAAUGAAUUAAUAGUUCGAUUUGCAUCCAAAGAGAGAAAAAAACGCGAAAGCUUUUGCAUAUGAGAAGUGCAACUUGAAAGCGAACUGAUCCUGUUAUUUAAUUUGAUUUUACUGCUAUAUUUUUGGUUAUUGGUUGAAAGCAUUUGCGUUCGCUAGGAAUUGAGUUUUAUUCAAAGUUCUGAGUGCUUUCAUUAAUAAGCGAUCCACCGCAAACCAUAUCUAAACCAUGUGUGUGAUGGCUAAAAAUGUUGGAAUAUUUUAAUUGGCACAUCAACCAGUGCGAUUCGAAAAGAUCCGAAAAGUGAUAGCAACAGAAAAAUAACCAAAUCAGUUGUGAGAGAAAUUGUUUCGGGCAACGGAAGUUCUUUGGACUGAACAGUUGAAGCCCGAGCACAAUCGGAAGAAAGUGAAGUACCAACAUGAAUUUUACUUACGGCAUAAUGAAUUCGUUCGUUGCAUUGUGGGUGCUCAUGUACCUUGGCGUGGAGUGUGUUAACGGAGGCUGCCUCAGCUAUGGGCAUUCGUGCUGGGGUGGACAUGGCAAACGCUCUGGACCGAAAAUACCAGAACUGCCAGCGGACGUGGGCUGGCCCCUGGGAUUGAAACCGGUUCCCGACGGGGGUAAAAGUGUCGUUUACGGUUUGCCCGGGAAAAGACCUAGAGGAAUCCGCAGUCGAGGACUUUUUCCACUUUCCCGAGCAGCCAUGGUGGAGCUGAAUGGUGCUAGUCAGGACGAGUUUUAUGGUGAUGGUGAAGUUGAUUCUCUCAAAUCUUCCGAAAUCGGCGAGCUGCUGGAUGGAAACGGGAACCUGAGUCCGAUGAUGAUGCCCCCCGGUGGCGUAAGCAACGGGGACAAAACCAACAGCCUCCGGCUUCAGCAGCAGCAACAGCGCCGAAAAGCUGCGGCCGCGGCAGCUUUGCUGGAUUCUGUUGUGGCCGCGGUCGAUUCGCCACCAGCUUUGGCCAACGGUUCCUCGGACGAUGAUGAAGAUGACAGCUUCGGACGGUUGCUGCUAAGUGGCCCAGCGGGUGCCAAAUAAAACUGCGAACUCUUCUCUGGAUAGAAACUAAAAAGGACCCACGCACACGGAUCAUUCUUACCGGAAGCGCAUUUACAAUCAUGAUGUGGAAAACUUACCUUAGCGAUAUGGAAAUUGCUACCAGGGAUGUGACUUAGUGAAUAUAGUUUGAAGUAUUUCGUUUUUUUUAUAAUACCAUCAGCAAAUUUUACUUUACCCAAAUUUAAAAAAGUCGAAGAACAAUCAAGAGAAGAAAUUUUAGAUUUCUGACUAAUUUCUUGAUUUGCUAUAAAAUAUCAAGCACACUUCUGAGUAGCAAAUUUCCAAAAAAACUAAAAGCUGAUAUACAUUUCUCUUACCUUCACGAAAAGGCAGCAAAACUGUUAAAGUACCUAGUAGAAAGUGAGGAAGAGAAAAUCCCGUUGAGCUUAGCGUUUAAAGUUUGAUACUUUACCAAGCCAUUAGCCAUAUCUUGGGCGGAUUUGGUUGAGUUUAUGCACGACUAAGUAUCACAAUCCGUUAGUCUUUUAUGAUAGCGAAAAUGAUACAGAAAUGUCGAUAAUAAGCGAUUUAUCAACACAGUAACUUAAGGAGCACAAAAAAAACUCUACUAUCUGUUUCGAGAAGAGGCACUGGUGAUUUGGAACUUUGUAGUCGGCCCUCGGAAGCUGCCAACUAACGGGCUGGAAGUUGUGCAGCUUUCAAGUGCGCUUGAUAUACCUACUCUUAUAUUGAGAAAGAAAAAAAGCAAACAUGAAGCAAACAUUCAUAAAUGGUACUGUAACCAGAAAUGAUUCUUUACAAUAAAUAUUAUCAUGUGUAUAUAAAUGUUGCCAAGUCAGUAAAAAACUACUAUGAAUAUGAAAUCCACAGCUUCAAAUUGUUUAUGUAUUUACAUUCCAACGAAAAAAAAAAUCACAUUGGGGACAAGUUACUAUUAGUAGUAGAAUGCAUUUUAAAAGUUAUGAGUUGUGAUGAAGUGAAAUCAAUCAAAAACAAAAUUAAAGGCUGCGAUGGUUGAUGUGUAAAUAAAAAGCCAUAUUAGG